GCGGUUUAUGCCCCGAGGGUGUCCGAGGGUUCCCGUUAGUUUGUCGUUGGCGCUCGGCUCGCGCGCGAGCCGACGUCACCGCCUGUGACGUCGGCUCGCGAAAUACGUCAUACCCUGCACACAAAAUAGCCGGCUGCCGAACAGCGCUCUGAACCAAAACAAAAUACGGAAAAUUAUUGAGCUUGUUGAGAUAUCAAGGAGGUGGUGUGAUUCUACAUGGUUCCUAUUCUUAGUACGAUAACACACUGAACACAAGCGUGAAGCUUAAAAAAGCCCCUACCCUUACCCCCCCCCCCCCUUGCCGACGAUCUCCGCCGCCGCAACUCCACCACCUUGACCUUUCAGUUUGAGUUCAAGUCAAAGUUCAAACUUCAAAAUCAAGACUGGUUGAAAUGGAUCCCAGCAAGCAAAGUUCUGGCAAUUUUGACUUUCAAGAUUUUCCGGUGGACAGCACACUAGUGGAGCUGGAUACAUCUGAUCAGCAGACACACACAUUUAAACAGUUCCCUGACUCAGCAGUAGAUGAUGAUCUGGAAGGAACUGUUGAGGAAAACAAGCUGCUGGGAGAGGAGAAGCCUGCCGGCGGUGGUGGCGCCAUCUGGACCGUCGAAUACUAUCGACGCUACUUCAACGUCGACACGAGCGACGUUCGAGACCGCUGUCUCUGGUCCAUGGUCCCCAAACCGGGUACCAACUUCCUGAAAGACCGGCUUCAGCAGAAUCCAGAUCUUUACGGUCCGUUCUGGAUCGGCGUCACCUUGGUCAUCUCGAUCGCUGUGAUGGGAAACCUGGCCAACUACCUGCAGGUGGCGGCUGCCGGCGACCGCUACCACUGGAGAUACGACUUUCACAAACUGACGCUGGCAGCCACGGUGGUGUUCUGCUACUCGUGUCUGGUGCCGAUCGCGCUGUGGGCCGUGUUCUGGUGGCGCGGCGUGCAGGCCACCGUCACCCUGCUGCAGCUCGUCUGUCUGUACGGCUACUCCCUCACCGUCUACAUACCCAUCUCGGUGCUGUGCGCGUCCGGCGUCUGGCAGCUGCAGUGGGCGCUGAUGCUGGCCGGGUUCGCCGUCUCCGGCGCCGUGCUGGCCGCCAGCCUGUGGUCGGCGCUCGGCGAGGAGCAGCGCCGGCUCGCCAUCGCCGUCACCGCCGUCGUGCUGCUGCUCCACCUGGCACUGGCCGCCGGCUUCCUGUUGUACUUUUUCCGGUCGCCGGUACCAGCCACCGACGUGCAGGCCACGACGGCUGCGGCUGCCGUGGCGGCGGCGACUGCGGAGAAAACUGCGGCGCCGGCCAGCCCGGCGGCCAAGCGGGCGGCGUCCGAUCCGGCCGCUCCCGCAGGUGAUCAGGGGGCCGCCGCAGCGAAAACAAAAGGCGCCCCACCACCAGAUGCGGCCGGCGGCGGCGGCGCCGACGCGGGUGCUGCUGCGAAGCCCGCGCAGCGGUAGGCAGAGUGGACGAUCGGGCCUUCGACAGCGGCCCGGCGCCCGCUGUCUGCGGCGACAUGCCGCUUAUGUCAGCGAGGGAGGCUGCGGAAGCUCAGUAGGCUCAGGCCUAGCCCGGUCCCUCCAAUGCGUUCUGCAGAGAACAGGAAGCGCCUGCUGGUGGCGAGGUAGGCUAUCUACAUAUAGCCCUGCUAUCAGGCGUGGUGUGACCGUGUGAUGUGUUGCUCCCCGGUGAUGGGACCACGCUGAAGGAGCCAGCCGUGUGUACGGCGCCCCUGCACGAUGUAUUGGCCUGCUUUUAUGGGAGCACCAGCCUGAAGGACCUGUGUGAUUUACUGGGCAACCGAAUAUGUCCAGAACUGUUUGAAACGAUUCGCGGUCUAACCAGACUUCAGUCUGUCCCGAUUCGCUAGCGCUCUGCUGGCUACUCGUGUUUUAGUUGUUAUGUUGUGUGGAAAAUGUGGGAUGGCGUGUCGUUUCUUGGGGAAUGGUUGAGCCUUGUUGUUGGUGUUGUAAAAUGCGUAUUACUGAUAAAAUAUAUACUUGAUUCGA